CCCCUGUUUUUAUCAUUUGGUAUCAGAGCCAGGUUCCUUUUUCAAUUGCCUUCAAAAGAAAUGGCCACAAACAAUAAUUUGGGAAGUGAUUCGCAGCCAACCAUUCCACUCUUUAAGGGAAGUGGAUAUGAAAUUUGGAAGGCACUCGAGGACACAAAGAAGAAGGAUGCUAAGGCGUUGUUUUUCAUCCAGCAGGGAGUGGAUGAUACUAUCUUUCCACACAUCUCAGCAGCAACAAAAAAUUGUCAAUCAAAUGAGAAAUAUGGUGAUGAUGUGCCCGAGCAAAAGGUGGUUGAAAAAAUUCUUAGAAGCUUGCCUAAGAAAUAUGACCAUAUUAUGGUUGCCAUAGAAGAGUCAAAGGAUUUAGCUGUGUUAACAACAGAUGAGCUGCUCAGUUCUCUUUUUUCUCAUGAAGACAGGAUGAAGAGGUACAAGGAUCCUAUGGAGAAUGCUUUCUACAGCAAGCUACAACUGCCCAAAAACAAAUAUGGAGGGAGCUCUUCAGAGUUUAGUAACAGCGGUGGAUUCAAUAGAGGACAAGGUGCAAUCCGAGGUGGAAGAAGAGGUCGUGGAGGUCGAUUUGGCAGCAUUAGGCAUCAACAGAGAGCCAAUGAAAGAAAUAAGCAAGCCAAUUUUGCACAAGAAAAGGAUGAUGAAACUGAAAGCUUAUUUCUUGCUUGCUACACUGCUAAAGAAAGUGUUCCAGAUGUUUGGUAUGUGGACAGUGGCUAUAGCAAUCACAUGACAGGAAACAUUAAUCUCUUCAUCAACCUGGACAAGUCAGUGAACAAAAAGAUAACCAUAGGUGAUGGUACCAUACGAGAAGCACAAGGAAAAGUUUAUGAUGGAUGGAUAUUCACUUGUUUUGAAAAUAUGGCUUGCUAUGUUUACAAAGAUGGAACUAAAAAGGAGCUUUUAAUUAAAGUUCCAAUGGCAAAAAAAAAGUGUUUUCCUUUAACUCUUGAUUGUGAGUCUGCAUUGAAUGUCACUUUGCAUGAUGACAAUUGGUUGUGGCAUCAUGGAUAUGGGCACUUGAAUUUCCAGGGGUUGCAUCGAGAUGCUUUUCCCAAAGGAAAGGCGAGAAGAGCUUUGAAACCUGUUGAGUUGAUACAUGCAGAUGUUUACGGGCCAAUGAAUACUUUGUCUCUCAACAAAAGCAAGUAUUUUAUUGUCUUUGUUGAUGAUUUUAGUAGACUGACAUGGGUUUACUUUGCCAAAGAAAAGUCAGAUGCCUUCCCAAUCUUUAAAAAAUUCAAAGCUCUUGUUGAAAAACAAAGUGGAUGUUCAAUCAAAGUUAUGCGGAUAGAUCAAGGUAGGGAAUUUGUUUCAGCUGAAUUUAACAUAUUUUGUGAAGAUUUCGACAUCAAAAGGCAGUUGACAACAAGCUAUACCCCUCAACAAAAUAGGGUAGCCGAAAGGAAAAAUAGAAGCCUUGUGGAGAUGGCAAAAAGCAUGCUGAAAGCUAAAGGUCUUCCAAACAGUUUCUGGGCAGAAGCAAUCCACACUUGUGAAGUGCAUUUUCUUGGUUAUAGUGAUGAAACUAAAGGUUAUAGAUUUUAUGAUCCUAUCACCAAGAAGUUACUAAUCAGUCAUGAUGUGAUUUUUGAUGAGAAAAAUUCAUGGAAUUGGAAUGAAAAGAAAAGUCCAGGUUCUGUGGUGGUUGAUGGCAUUUUGGAGGAUGAUCCAGUCAUGACUGAAGGUGAAAUGGGUGAAAGUCAAAUUUCCUCUACACCUAACAAUGGUAGUAGAUCGUGUCCAUCCUCACCUGAGACACCUCCACCCCCAAGGAAGGCAAGGAGAAACAGAAAAUGGUGCAAAGCUAUGGAUGAGGAAAUAGAGGCCUUGGAAAGAAAUCAAACAUGGGAGCUUGUGGACUUGCCUAAAGACAACAAAGUUUCAGCCUUUUUGAAUGGAUUCUUGGAGGAAGAUGUGUAUGUACAACAAACCCAGGGUUAUGAAAUUGAAGGACAAGAGCAGAAAGUGUACAAGUUGAAGAAAGCACUCUAUGGUCUGAAGCAAGCACCAUGGGCUUGGUAUGAAAGAAUUAAUGCUCAUUUUUGUAGCCAUGGGUUUCAUAAAAGUCCAAGUGAGCCUACUUUGUAUGUCUGGACCAGAGGUGGAGAUGAGAAUGACAAGGGAAUUUUUAUUUCCCAAGAGAAAUAUGCUAAAGAUCUUCUUAAGAAAUAUAGGUUAGAAGACUGCAACUCAGUGAGCACUCCAAUGGUUUCUAAUCAGAAGUUCAGUUUGAAUGAUGGAGAAGAAAAGGUUGAUGUUCAUGCCUAUCGUAGCCUUAUUGGGAGUCUUCUUUAUCUCACAAACAACAGGCUUGAUAUUGCUUUUGCCACUAGUGUGCUAUCUCGUUUUAUGUAGAGUCCAAGCAAGACACAUUAUGGAGCAACGAGGAGGAUUCUAAGAUACUUGAAGGGGACAAUCUCUUUUAGCAUUUUAUAUGGCAAAAAUGACCAAUUUAAUUUAUUUGGGUACUCUGACAAUGAUUGGGCAAGUUGUGUUGAUGACCGACGUAGUACUUCAAGUUAUGCUUUUUUUUUUUGGGUCCAGUGCUAUCUCUUGGAGUUCAAAGAAGCAAGCCUUUACAGCUUUGUCAUCUUCAGAAGUAGAAUAUAUCUCCUUAAUAGCA